AUUCAGGCCUUCAUCAGGUGCCACAUAUGUAAUACUCAGUCCAUUCUCCAGGCACAGCUGAUCAACAAGUCAGACCGGUACAAUAUGAAAGUUAAGUCAAAUCGCAGCGAGAGAACAGGAGGAAACACAUCCAGCAAAGACAUCCAGCACUCCGGGGAACUACAGGCAUUUCUGUUUUUGGCAACAUGGACAUGCUGACUGCAAGGAGGAUUGUCCUACUGGGAAAAACCGGAGUUGGGAAAAGCAGCCUGUGUAACACCAUAUUUGGAGAGGAUGUGUUCACGAUAAACCAUUCUUCCCUCUCAUCUAGUCUGUCUCAUGCAGAAACCAAGUCUGCCAGCGGGAAAAGCAUCACAUUGAUCGACACUCACAGUUUUUUUGACACGUGUGGGUCAGAGACGGUGCUCAAGGCUGAGAUAGUGAGGUGUAUCACAGAGUGCGCCCCUGGGCCUCAUGCUUUUCUAAUCGUGCUCAAAGUGGAGAAAUUCACAGAGCAGGAGAAGGAAGUCAUCAAAAAAAUAUGCCAAUGUUUCUCUGAUGAUGCUCUAAAAUAUGCUGUAGUUGUCUUCACUCACGGUGACCAGCUCCCAGAGGGGAUGAAAAUUGAGGAGUUUGUCAGUCAGAAUAUAGAUCUGAGCGACCUGGUGAACAAGUGCGGAGGCCGCUGUCAUGUUGUUGAUAAUAAAUACUGGAAGAACGGCGGAGACGACGACUACAGAAGUAAUCAGCUCCAGGUGGCAAAGCUGCUCAACACAGUAGACAAGAUGAUUGAGGCAAACAAAGGAAGUUGCUACACCAACGAGAUGCUCGAAGCAUGUGAGAGACAAAUACGACAAGAGGAAGAACGCAUUAAACAGACAUUAGGAAACAUGUCACUGGCAGAAAUGAGAAAUAAGGCGAAAAUAAGUGUUUUUGACACGUUGCUGAUCAGAUUAGCAGGUACUGCAACAGGUGUAUUGUUAGGAGCUCUGCUUGGUGUGACAGCGAUGGUUGCAGCAGCUGUCGGUAAUUUUCACAAUCAAUCAGAUUUGUCAGCACUAGCUUUAACAGUAAGACAAAGCGGUGCAACGGCUGCUCUACGGGAGGCAGUAAGGGGCGGUCAGAUGGGAUAUACUGCAGGUGAAGGAGCCAAUAGUCCAGGGGAAGCUAUAGACAAGACAGUAAAGGCUAUCUGGAAGUAAUCUGCUUUACAGCAGAUUAAAGCAUUAACAAGUGGAGUAAGUGGGCUAUGGGCUAUGAAUUUUAUGGAUGUGUGAGAAAUUUACAUUAUUAGUUUAGGUUUAAAUACGUGAGAAAACUGUUAAAAAGCAGUACAAGAAAAGGGGUGUCGUUCCAGGUUUCAAAGGCUUAAUAUUUUAAGCUUAUUCAUUUCUAAGCUUAUUCAUUAUAUCCACAUUACUGAUGAUUAAUUAGCAAACAAAUCUCAAUGUGUAAAUAUAUAUUUUUUUAAAUCACCAAGUUUCAACCCUACAAUAUCUUGGCAAUAUUCAUAUUAAGCUAAUAUUGGAAAAAAUAUUAUUCUCCAUAUUGCCUGGCCCUAUAACUUCCUGAUAAUUCCUGUCAGCUGAGAAAAUCUGUGGGGUUUUUUUACCGAUACAGAGUAAAUAUUUGAUAUAUAUAUUUGAGAAAAUAUUGAUGGUGCAUGUGUAAGGGAAAUGGAAAGAGGUAUCAAUUAUGGAAAUGAUAUUAUUAGACUACCAUGAGAUAACUUUUUUGAAAGAUGAAAAUUGUUUAUAAUCUGAAAAUAUCUAUAACUAUAAACUUUACUCUUUCCAUGAAUAUGACAUGCUAAAUACGCUUUAUCGAAAUGUUUGUUUUUGCAUUUUGUUUGAGAGACUCAAGAAGUAAACAGCUUUGUUGUCUGGUGAUAAGAUGUUGUUUUUUCCCCCAAGUCUCUUAUCUGUUGUUUCAACACAUUCACUGACCUUGGGUGGUCGUACUUUGUAAUAUUUCCCUAUGUUAAUCAAACUCAAUUACAUCUGUGAAAGAUGGACAUUUAUUAUAAUACAGCAUAAUUUUAAAAAAAAUAUUUACUCUUUAUUAUACGCUUUCCAUGACUUUUGGAUGCUGAGAAAUGCUUUACCAUUAUUUUUUCCUGAAUGUUUGUUGAAUGUUAUUCAAGUUAUUGCAUGUUACAAGUUCUAUAAGAAUUAAACACCUGUGGGCUUUUAAGCGUU